CAGGACGCUCGUCUCUGGAGGAGUCAGGAUCCACUCAGCUCCGCAUUUCAUCCACUCCAGCUCAGACUGAGUCUUCGGGAACCAGAAGGAACCACGGAGAAACACAGAGAACCAGAGACAACCAGAGAGAACCACAGAGAACCAGAGGGAACCUACAGGAUCUGGAUUUCUUCUGUUUUUCCUCUUUCGCUCCACACUGAAUCCUUCCGUCUCUCCAGCCACCGGCGGCUCUAAUUGGCCGGGUCUUCCCCCUCCUCCCCCGGUUUAUUGUCACUGACAGUCGGAUUAUUUCCUCCCAGCGGCCGCUGCUCCUCAGCCUCCUGCUCCUCCACGAUGCGGGCUCCAACUAAGGAUUAAUAAAUCGCUGCUGCUGCUUCUUCCUCCUCUACUCGGAUUUCUUCCAGUGAUGUCACCGUGUCCUCACAUCUGAGCCGUCAGUUUGAGCAGAGAAUCCGGAGCUUCCUUCCAUAACGUCCUCCUCCAGCCUCCCCUCGCCCCUCCAGAGGUUCUCCACAGGUUCUACAGAGGUUCUACAGAGGUUCUCCGUGGUGUUCUGGUCUGCUCCGUUCGCCUUCGGGGCCUCGGACCUUCAUGCGUCUCCGUGGUAGAGUCCUCCUCCACCCACCACACCACACCACCACCACCACCGCCGCCUCCUCGGCCAUGAGCUGUGAGCAGGAGUUUGGAGAUGGAGCCAUGGGCGUGACGCUGACGCUGCGCCUCCUCAUGCACGGAAAGGAAGUUGGAAGCAUCAUCGGAAAGAAAGGAGAAACCGUGAAGAGAAUCGAGAAGAUGAGCAGCGCCAGGAUCAACAUCUCAGAAGGUUCCUGUCCGGAGAGGAUCAUCACCAUCACCGGGCCGACGGACUGCGUAUUCAGAGCGUUCACCAUGAUCACCUUCAAGCUGGAGGAGGACCUGGCAGCUUUGGUAGCCAACGGCACAGUGACCAGCAAACCUCCAGUCACCCUCCGGCUGGUGAUCCCGGCCAGCCAGUGUGGUUCCCUCAUCGGUAAAGGAGGUUCUAAGAUCAAGGAGAUCAGAGAGACGACAGGCGCCCAGGUGCAGGUGGCAGGCGACCUCCUACCAAACUCCACAGAGAGAGAAGUGACGAUAUCAGGAAGCCAAGAUGCCAUAAUUCAGUGUGUCAAACUCAUCUGCACUGUAAUCCUAGAGUCUCCGCCGAAGGGAGCGACUAUUCCAUACCGACCCAGUCCGACCCCGGGAACUGUGCUGCUGGCAGGAAACCAGGUGUUCGAGGCGUCAGACUUCGGUUCCCAUCCCCUGUUCUCGGUGGCUCAGGGAGGCGUCGACCUGCAGCAAACGUACGCCGUUCAGAGCCACUACGGCAUUCCACACUCAGAGUUAGCGAAGCUGCACCAGUUGUCGAUGCACCAGCAAGGCCUGGCCCCAAUCAGCCAGUCAGCGACACAAGUCCUACCUGGAGGAGUCGAGUCGAACUCUCAAACCACGUCUCAGGAGCUGCUCAUUCCAAACGAUCUGAUUGGCUCCAUCAUCGGUCGCCAGGGAACCAAGAUCAACGAGAUCCGGCAGGUUUCAGGGGCUCAGAUUAAGAUCGGCAGUCAGAUCGACAGCACCAGCGACCGACAUGUCACCAUCACCGGGACGCCGAUCGCCAUCAACCUGGCUCAGUAUCUGAUCACCACCUGUUUAGAGACCGCCAAAUCCACCGCCCAGUCCUCCUCCAUGCCGUCUCCCGUUGACCUGACCAUGAGCUUCACCCAGCCUGCCCCCCCUGCCUCCGCCUCGUCCUCCUCCUCCUCCCCCCUGGCAGCGAUGGGCGCCGCUCUGCCCCAUGCUCCGAUCCUGGGCGCCCCCUACGCCCUUCCCCUCUCCAGCCUCCUGGGAGUGAAAUCCAUCCCCUACCUGGCACUCUCCACCCCUCCCGCCUCAGCAGCAGCAGCAGCGGCGGCGGCGGCCAUCGGGGCUCCCAUCCUACCGGGUUCGGUGCAGACGACGGCGGCCGUCCCGGUACCGGCCCACGCGGCGGCGGCACUGGCGUCCUACACGGCCAAGAUCUCCUCCUCGGCCAACGGGAUGAAGAAGCCGGAGAGACAGAAGUUUGCGCCGUACUGAUGGAGGAGAUCAUCGGUGAGGUAGCUGCCGGUUGGCGUUGGACGGAAGAGCCGCUUUAAUUUCCUACUUUCUCCUUUGCACUCUUUAUCACGUCUUCUUUCUCUUGACUGCUUAAAAUAUCAAAGUGGGAUAAUUGGAUCAUGUAUGACUUCAGAAAUGUUUUAUUAACACAAUCAAUGGGAGCCAUGUGCAGCCACAAAUAGGGCUUUUCCACAACACCAGGGUUAGCGAUGUUCUUCAAAUUUGGUAGAGCGGAAUGUCCGAUGAAAGGGAUGAUCAGUGGAAAAAAUGGCAACUCUACCUGUAAAUGUCGAUAAAUCCCAAAGUAUAAGUAAGUAAUAAGUGAGUACUUCAAUCUCUUGGAAAUCAAAGUCUUUCAGUCUGUUUCAUCUGCCCAUAAUGUCAAUCUGGAUUAAGACAGUAUCAGUAAAAGCAUUUUCAAGGUAUCAUUUCAUAAACUGCCAAUGAGACUGAAUCAGGUGGUUUAUGUGAUGAUAUAAUGUAAUAAUGGUGAAAUAUUACUUCAGGAUGUUUACUUUCAAGUUGUUUGAGCUUUUCUGAACACAAACUACAGAGAUUCUGCAGUUAGUCAACUAGUCAGCACCAGAAACACUAGUCAGCUCAACUGAUUAGGGCAAAAUAGGAAUGUCUCAAUUCUAGCAUGCGUUAUUUAGGGUCCAUUCCAAUAUCAAAACUAAGACACUAUAUAAUGCACCAGAAAUAUACUUAGUAUGUCCCAGUACACAGUCUGUCAAAUCUAUUAUGCCAAUAAACACCCAAAUAUUGUACGUUUGGUUAGAUUUUGCAGUGAACAAGCCAGUGUGCUUUUCUAGCCAUUCCGACUGACAAUCCUCUGCACAGUUAUGCCUUUUUGUAAGUAUGAACAAGCUUACCUGUGAAGUUUUAAGUUUAAGACGCACUAUUAUGAUGAAGUAGUAUGUCCCAGUAGUGAACAUACUGCAUGAAACAGUGCAUACAUUAUGAGGACAGCUGUAGUACCUUAAAUGUCCCGUAAGUGGUCAGGAAACUUGUUGUCAAGGUCCAGUAGGACAGUGUCUAAAAUACAGGGGUUGAGGGUAAAUGUAGCGUUAGAGGGUAAAUGUAGUAUUAGAGGGGAAAUGUCAUAUUAUAGGGUAGGGUGUAAGCUCCAAAAGUAAAAUUGUGUUGUAGAUUAGCUGUAGUACCUGGUGGAGCUUCUUACUGUAGAGAUCAGACAUUGUGGAAGUUUAGCUCGGAAAGGAGCACCAUGACCAAGACUUCUGGGUCAUCUGCGGAGCUUUGUGUUAAAUCAAGCCAGCAUCCAGCCAAAAGACACAGAAAACCUAUAUCCUUUACAUGCAUGUCACAAAAUGUGUUCUUCAUUAGCUGUAGCACCUGGUUGUUGUAUAUCUGGUCGCUAAUUAGUUUAACGAAUAUUUCAUGUGCUGACUACUGAGGGUUGGAACAUUUAUUCAACUAAUUGUGCACAUCUCCAGUGCACCUAAAAUCAAUUAAAAAUUAAAAAGAAGACAAAAUACCUUGGCUGCACACCAGACUAAAGGAAAAGCCCUAAAAACAGAACUGGAUUCUAAUUAUAACUGAGUUUACUUUCUGAAUCGUAAACUUCAAAAGAACAAAUCAGCAGUCACAGUCACCUCCAGACCUGCUGCGGUGGCUCCUGUCAGGGCUAUCAGGAAUGAAAUGAGGGAGGAUUUCAGAUUUUCACACAGGUAUCAGUUUAAGCUCUGCGAGGGGAAAACAAAUUAAAAACAAACAGAAGAUGAAGAAUAAUACUGUUCACCUUGCUUCUUUGACCCGUCAGCUUUAUCUUUGAGUAGCAAUUUUAAAACAAAGUUAGAGAAGCUUUUAAAGCCCCAAAGCGAGGCGAGCGGGCCUAAUACAAUAUGACAAUCCUGUACAGCAGCUUUCUAAGGUUGACGGAUCUCCAUAUGGCUACAAUGGUUUGGUCCACUCAGGGUCACGGAUUUCUUCCCCUCUUGUAAAUAAAUGCUUCUAAACACAGUCAUAAGAAUUUUCCUCCGUAAUCAGACAAACUUGUGGAUGUUUUCACGUCUCUGUCCUGUUUGAAGGUGCAGCAGAAGGCAGAUGGUUUUGUCUCAACCCCAAAAACACAAGACUCAGGGUGUGAAUGACGCUGAAACUGCCUGGAGAGGGAUACCAAGACUGCAUUAUAAGUACCUGAUAAGUGGUGGUUCAGUUCAGUUCAGUUCAUUCAACCCACCGGACCUCCUCAGGAAAAGACUCAACAAAAAGAUAAGGACACUCCUUUGAGGACAGCAACGUCCACAUUCUAGACAGAGUUAAACUAAAAACAUGGCAAAGGGGUCUACAACACCACUCAUUAGGUAAUUGUAAUGCAGUCGUGAGAUCCCUGUCCAGGUGGUUUUAUACAAAGGUGGCCCUAAAUAAAUACCUGGAACUCGCAGCAAUCAGUCACUGUCGAGUAAAACUCAACCAGGGGAUAAAGGGUCUAUAACACCACCUAUCGGAUACUUUUAGAUGCAAUCUUGAAAUCCCUGGAAAAUAUAACAUAAAAUACAGAAAGUACCUGGGAGUCUGCCUGUUUUGAGUUUACCUCGAUACUAUAUGACUAGAGCAAAGGAAGUCAACAGCACCACGUAUCAGGUACUUAUAAUGCAGUUUUGAGGUCCCUGACCAGGCAAUAUUACCCAAAGAUGACCCAAAAUAUAUACCUAGAACUCAGCACCAGUCAGUCAGAAUGAAGUUAAAACAUGAUAAAGGUGGGCUACAACACCACCUAUCAGGUACUUUUAAUGCAGUCCUGAGCCCCAAAGGUGGCCCAAAAUAAACACCUGGAACUCUGUCCCCAAAAGUCAAACGUGAAGCAGAGAACCAAAAACAGAAGUCCGGUUGUCUUCUACUGAAGCAAAGAGGAUUAUCAUUACUGGACUAAGAUUAUUGAUACUACCUGUAUUUGUAAUAGUUUUGGCUCACUUUGAAAGCCACAGCGGAAUGAAAAUAGAAAGGCUGAACAAGAUGCCUGAAACCAACCCCUACUAAGGUUCACCAGUCUCAAAACUUUUGACUGGGGGUGUAGGUGUAAAAACUCAUCGUAGAGGUGUUUCAGUAGCAACAAGAAAUGGUCUGUUGGCGUUGCAAACAUCCAUCAGCUCUACCUGCAUACUACCCAGGCAAAACUUUUACUUUAACAUACUAAAACUCUACUUUUGUGGCCACCUUGUUAGAAACUUAACAAUAGAACACAAAAUUUAAGAUAGAAACAUGAAUUUGUGGCCAAUUACAAAACAGAAGAUGCAUCAGAUGUUUUAAUUAAACUUUCUUUUUUAAAUUCGCCCAGCUUACCUUUGAUUGCUUUACCUCAUGAUCUGCUCCUUCAACAUUCAACAAAAGUGCAGAGACAUUUAAAAACUAUCCAUUUGUUUGGCCGACUAUGGUGAAAAAUCAGCACCAGCGUCAUCAUUUUCCAACAAUCCCACUUGUUUCACUUAAAGUUGGCUCUUUUAAAUGUUCUUCUUGCAGCUGUGAUCGGAGCUCGGCGGGUCGGUGGGCGUUCUGAUAUUUACGGUUAUUUGGGCCACAAAAGCCUGUAAAAGCCAUAGAGACUAUCCAGCUUUCCCCUUCCUCGUUUGUCUCCUUCUCCUGUUGUAUACUCGCAUAUUUAUUAACUAUUAUGGAAUACUCCCUCAGAGUUUAUAUCACUGGUCACUAACACUGAGCUGAACAACUCGGCUUUUGUAUACAAUGAUGUCGACUUGUAAAUGAUUAUUCCCUUUCUGCUUCUUCUUCUGUUUUCUUUUUUCCUUUACUUUCAGUAUUCGUUGUAAAGAGUUUUUUUUUUAAAACAGAUUUAAGUUCUCACUUUAAAUGUGUUGUUUAAAUUAUUUUUUAACUUAUUGAAUAUUCCACUUUGCAGUUUUAGAACCUUUCUCUUUCCAACAUGGCUGCAGGUGAAUACUGUAAAACUGUUUUUUUGUUGUUUUUGAUUUGUUUUUUAUUAGAUGUGUAAACUAAAUGAAUUUUCUUUUUGGAAAACAAAAAAAUGAUCACUGUACCAUUGAUGCUAAUAACCAGAUGUUUUUGUUAGAACAGUGGUGUUUUCAUCUGUGAGCUCAAACUGGACAUUUUACUUCUUUCUAACUGGGGAUAUUGGUUUGUAAAUGUCUGCUUCUCCACUUUUAGUAUCCACAGAACUACAAUAAAAGUAGAACUACACUUCCUAAAAACCUGCUUUAAAGUUGGUAUAAACAUGAGACAGCAGAGUGCAGCUGACUUUAAUUUACUGUAUAUGUUCAAACGUCUACAGCGAGGAGUUUCGGUAGCAUCAGUUUUAAAAGAAUGAUGUCUUGACAAGUAAUUCCUGCGUGGGUCGGUCGUACCGAUCAAUAACUUGUCAGCUCUUAGCAGAAAUAUCAGGGACAUGCUGAGAUAACAACAGGCCAAGUCUGGCUUCAGUCCAUCACACAGAAUGGAGUUGACACUUGCUGUAGCGUCUCAGAGAAGGAAGUUAAAAACAGACGUUUCCAGGCAAUUUAUGGAUCGUCUGCAGUUCCAUUUUCUUUUUUCCAACGCCUCUGCCUAUCUGUAUAUAGUCACAUAUUUGUAUUUUAUUAGUGUGACACAACUGCAUCCCUGUUAGGUUCCUAAAAGUCCAACCAGUUGACCACAGUACUGCAAAGGUUACGUAUCUGUAGCUGUAAAAUAAACUGAAAAAUAAGCUAAAAAUUAAAUUGGAGGCACCAUAGGUCAAUAUACGAGCAAUCAUACACACUGAGUAGACAAACAGGAGCAAUAACAUUGGUUUAAAGUUGUGUUUUAGCUUCGUUUUUGAUCUCCACCAGCUCCUUUGCUGCUAAUUGCUCCACUAUAGUCAGAGAGGAAAGAAAUGUAUCAAAGUCUAACAUUUUAUGCAGUUUGGUAAUAUAAGACAUAUCUGAUAUUAAAAAUAAUCUAGAGACAUUUACUGGGAAUUUACAAACUAGAUAGACAAACAGCAACAACAUUCAUUUAAAGUUGUGUUUUAGCUCCAUUUUUGGUCUCCACCAGCUCUUUAGCUGCUAAAUGCUCCACUAGAGUAUCAAAGACAAACAUUUUUAUUCAGUUUGUUUCUUAAAAUAAGACCGAAUCUGAUAUUUAAAAGAAUCUGAAGAAAUUCCCUGUUGAGAAUGUACAUGCUAGGUAGACAAAUAAGGACAUCCUUUUAGAAUCAUGUUUUUGCUCUGUUUUUGGUUUUCACCAGCUGUUUAGCUGCUAAAUACUCCACUAUAUUUCAGGUAGACAAGAAAUGUAUCAAAGACAAACAUUUUAUGCGGUUCGCUUGGUAAAUUAAGACAUAUCUGCUAUUACCAACAACAGCAUUCAUUUAGAAUCAUGUUUUAGCUCCAUUUUUGGUUGCCACCAGCUAAUGUGGAAUACAUCUGCCUCUUUAGCUGCUAAAUUCUCCGCUGUGGUCAAAUUUAUUGAUUCCAAAUCCCCUAUCAAUACAGAUGACCAGCAUGAGUGAGAUAUUCGUCUAAUGACAUGCAUCCUUAAAGUGAUACCUCAUUAAACGUCGAUGCUCCUUUCAGACUUGAGUGUAUAAACAGUGUUUUAAAGCUCUUGGAUAUCGAUCAUUCUCACAGCGGUCGAUUGCUGCCGUGUCACGCUGAUUGAUUGCAGCUAAAUUAGGAAAGUGUGAGUCUAUUUAUUGCAGUUCUGUGGCAGAAUCCCUCCUCUGUGUGUCAAAGUAGCAAGAAAACCUUCUUUCUUUUGAUUUAGUUUCCAACUAAACUGACGCCUGACGCUGGGUUUCUUCACUGCCGGAGCGUCAGAGACUAAUGCUGCAUGUUCGCUUGGCCUCACUAACACACAAAAAAACCACACAAACACACAUGUAAAUACACAUUAGCACACUGACAGGUAGCGCCGACUCCCAGGCCUCGGUCUUUGCACUGACAGUGUGAACUAAAGCAAUACUAAACAGAGCCGGACGAGUAGCUACACACCGAUAUACAAACACAUUAACACUCAACUGGAUGGUCGCUUCUCUGUUUCCUUUGUUUUUAAAAAAUACUGAUAAUAAUGUGGUAUAUUUAACAAGCUCACUUAUUUUUAUAAACCUCGAACUCAACUGUGGACACCGUGUUUGGUCACGCUCACCUCGUUUGUUUGUUUUUGUGUUUCAUCGUCCAUUUGCAUGGGUCUGACUUGAAUUGAUGUCUAUGCAAAAACAUCUCUGUGGUUCGGCUCAGUGGUCCCGGCGAGGUUCAGGCUGUGCUGGUGCUUGUGAAGUGCAGCUGAAGUGAAACGAAAGGGCUACAGAAGACGACGGUCCGACUCCCAACGCAUCUGCCCCGAAGAUUAAUAAUAAAUAACACGUUGGCAAAGCACGUCAGGCUGCAAAUGAAGAUCAUUUUCACCAUUUUCUGCCUCUUAAAUGGCAGAAAGUGGUGAAAAAUGACAAUCUGAAAAAUGUCGUGUUUUGUCCAAAGAUAUUCCGUUUUUUUCUAAUAUUUCCACAAACCAACUGUUGACCACUAAUUGACUGAUCAUUGCAGGUCUACAAUAAAGGUAGUGUGACCAGUGUUCAAUUUUAACAGUUUUAAGUCUACUUCUUUUUUUUUAAUCUAAGCCUUUUGUAGUCUUUAUGAAGCACCUAAAGCUUGAACAGUGCUGCUUAAAUCAAGGCAUAAUUACUAUUAAAAUGCGAAAACAGAGCUCAAAUACAAACAUUUCUCUGAAAGAUUUCCAGGAAUCCACCUUCUGCUGAGAACUGUUGGUUGAACUCAUCAAAUAUGCCAAAUUAGAGAUCUAGAGUAUUUUUAUGUUUUACAUCAUGUCUGGAGGGGAUUUUUCAAUGUCACUAGCCAAAGGAAGCUUCAGCUUUUAAUUAUGAACCAAGCAAAUUAAAUGAUUUCAGGUUAAAUUGCUUCAAUGGAUGAGGAAACGUUGGGAUAAAGCAGGUUUGAAUACUAAAGAUUAGCGAAAUAAUGCCCAAAAUAGUCCCAUUCACAGAGCAGACUAAUGGUACAGGACCAAGCAGCAGAGUUUGGGAUACUUUGGAACAUUAGUGUGGAAGUUUUCAGAAACUUCAGGCAUCAGGGGAAAGCAGAAAAUAGGUCGCAGGUCCAGAUAUGUACUUGAAUUUUAACCACAAGUUUGCGUACACAACCCGCUGCAUCGUAAACAUAAUUGUUCAUAUAUUUGUUUAGGUACUAUGUGCAUUAACAGAGGAUUCCUCUAGAGGAUGCAAUAAAUAACUCAUAAACAAUAAAUGGUGCCAUUACCACCAACCCUGCUCAGUUUUUCCAACAUUUUACACUUUGUACGGAUAUAACGGUUUCAAACAUUGACUUUAAAAAAUGAUCUUUUGCCAGCUAUUUUGGCAGAAUUAAUUGCACAGAUUUGUGUAAAUGCUGGCUUUUUCUUUACCACCUUCUACAGAGGCAGCCAUCAUUGUAAAUGUAGCUCAAAGAAAGUAUAUCCACACCACAACUCAGUCAGAUUUAUGCAUAAAGAAAUACAUUUCUUUGCAGAUGACAUAAUUCUGUCUGACGCAAAUAAACCUGCUGAGAAACUUUAAAAGUUGCAAGAGGAUCAGCACAAUUAAAGUGAGAACUCUGAGUAUAAUUGUGAGUAAAUAGUAAAAUUUAAUUUAUUUUUUCUGAAAUGUAGACAAAAAGAAGCUAAGAACUGGGGCUCAAGUGGUAAAACGUCAGUGCAAAGCCAUUAUGUGAACUGUUCCUGUGUUAAAAACAAGGUUAUUCAGUGGAAUUAUCUUUCACCGUUGCAAACCAAAGAGGAACUAAAAGUAUCAACUCGAACCACCUUCUCAGAAUUACAAGGUAAAGCCUCUGAAUUGUUAUUAAGUGAAUCCCACUAUAUAUAUCACUUAUUGGAACUGUGUUUUUGAAUUAUGCGAAGAGUUAGCCGGUUUGAUGUCAACAUCCACAAAAGAUGGAACCUAAAAUGAUUUAAUUUGUAUAAAGAGCAGAAAAAAUAGGAGUUGAACUGUCCCAAUUUGAGAAAAAUGCAAAGACCCCAACUCCAGACAGUUAAUUUACCUUUUUAGACACAUUUUGAGAGUUAAAACAUUGAAUAUUAUCAUCUGUACUACAAAACCACGCUUCCAAAUGCCAUAGCAGCUGAACUGUACUCAUAAUUCCAGCAAAUAAACUGAACUUGAACAGCAGGUAAAACAAACAAACAUGCAGUUUACUUAUAGAAACACUAACAGGAUGCCCUGGGAACCUGCAAUCAACCAAACAGUGGAUUUGAGCUGAAGGCAAAACAAAGACAGCCUUUGUUCGAUCUGAAUUAGCUGCACGCUUUCACUGCAGAAUUCUCCUGAAAGGAAACAAACCCAGCCUUCACAUAAGCUGUUUUUUCUGCAGCUGUGGAGGCCCAAACAGGAAUUAUUGCUCUUCGGGUUAAAUGUGUUGCAUGGACUGGACUUUCGAGGUUUCAGCAACGCGAGAGGUUCACUAUGUAAAGAUGCUUCAUUCCAAGUCAUACGACAGAAACAAAGCUCGACAGAUGCAUAACCCAAACACACAUUCACUCUGAACCGAACGCUGAACAAGACGGUUAUGAAUAUUGUAUUGCACUUGAACAUGAAAACUCCAUUAUGACGAGAUAUCCUCUCCCGAGUGUGAAGUACUACCAUGUUUCUGUUUUCAUUUUGGCCUCCAUGUGACGACGUGGAGGUCUGCUCUUUGUAUAUCAGCCUGAUGUGUUUGUGAUUCUCUGUCUCCUUUCCAUUCAUGCCAUCUUCUAAUAAAUUAAACCCACACCGA